GAAAGAUAUUUAUUUGAAUUCUAGAUUUGGUUAUCAAAGAUGCAUAUUAUGGGAUAUUUAACUGUUGGCUUAACAGUUAUUCUUGUUGAAAGCACAAAUCAAGGCACUGUUCGGCUAGCUGGUGGAGGUAAUAAUUGGGGACGAGUUGAGGUGUUUCAUGAUGGUGUGUGGGGAACAGUCUGCAGUGACAACAUUUAUAAUUUGGAUGACGUAAUUUGCGCUCAGCUUGGAUUGAACAAUAGUCAAUUUUUAGAACGUGUCGAUAUCCCUAAGGGAACGGGUAAAAUUUGGUUGCAAGUUUCCACGUGUACGUAUGGUUCAUUGUCCGUCAAGAACUGUUCCCACUACGGUUGGGGAAACCACAGUUGUGACCACAACAAAGACAUUGGUGUAUUAUGUGAUUUUAAAGGGUGUGGGACGCCGAGCAAAAUCGCCAACGGAAAUAUAAUCUUUAGUAACGGAGCGUACAAUGCAGCUGCUCGAGUUGUGUGUGACCUAGGAUACCGCGUUUACCGAAACUUAACAAACGGAAGUGUGAGAUGCAUGCCAACCGGUAAUUGGGAGAGUGUACAAUGUGAAGCAAAUGUUGCAGUACAGAAUCCUGUAUCAUUGAAUGUUCGACUGAGCGGAGGAGGUGUCAACUGGGGACUUGUUGAAGUUUUACAUGAUGGCGAAUGGGGGACAGUGUGCAAUCACUAUAUUGAUUUAAAUUUUGCCGAUGUGCUGUGCAGUCAACUUGGAAUGCAUAAUGGAGAUAUUUUGUUAACUGACGAAUUUCGGAAAGGUGCGGGGAAAAUAUGGCUGGAUGACGUUAAGUGUUCAGGUGUGGAAUUGACCAUCGUAAAUUGUACACACACACAAUGGGGUUAUUCAAAUUGUGGUCAUCAUGAAGAUGUUGGAGUUAUAUGCAAUCCAAUAAACUGCGAUAUAUCACCAAAAAUCGAAAACGGAAAACUCGUAACCACAAGUUCAACGAGGAAAGGCUCAAUGGCCAGAGUUGUAUGUAAUCAAGGUUACCGUGUCCACCAGAAAUUAACAAAUGGAGGUGUGAAAUGUUUGCCCAAUGGUCAAUGGGAAUAUGUAAAAUGCGAACUCAACGUUGCAGUUGAUAAUCGGACAGAUACAGGAAAUGUUCGACUAACCGGAGGAGCUCGAAACUGGGGACUGGUAGAAGUUUUCCACCAGGGCGAGUGGGGAACAGUGUGCAAUGACAACUGGGAUUUAAAUUUCGUCGAUGUUCUCUGUAGCCAACUCGGGAUGAGUGCUGGUGAAAUUUUGAAUUUUGGACGGGUGAAAAUUAAAGAAAGCAGAGGCCCAGUUUGGCUAAAAAUAGUCCAAUGUUUUGGUUCUGAAUUGUCUAUUGAGGAUUGUGUAAACGACGGAUGGGGCAAUCACAGCUGUUUGCUUAAUAAUGCAUUUGGAGUCGCAUGUAAUCCUAAAGGAUGCGAUGCCACACCUCAAAUAACAAACGGUUAUAUAGAAAAUAAAACAUUACUCUGUCCGAAUACAUGCGACUUCGAGGACUUCGAGGACAGCGUCUCUCGGAAUAAUAGCAACAUGGACCCACGUUGUACGCACAACAGUUACAUGGAGAAGGUCAACGUGCGGCUCGCAGAUGGAGGAAUGAAUUGGGGAAGAGUUGAAGUAUUUUACAACGGCGAGUGGGGAUCAGUGUGUGAUGACGGAGCUGAUGAUUCUUUUGCAAAUGUGCUAUGUAAAGAGCUUGGAUUGAAAAAUGGCGCAUUGAUGGAAUAUGAAUCAACAGUGAAAGGAGUUGGCAAAAUAUGGUUAGAUGAAGUAAUUUGUACAGGGAGCGAAUCGUCUAUCGUUAAUUGUACACACAAUGAUUGGGGUGGACAUGACUGUUCUCACAGCGAAGAUGUUGGCGUAGAGUGUUAUGUAAAUGAUUGUGUUCUACAUCCGGAAAUUGUCAACAGAAAAAACAAAAGUGGGACCUUGACAUUGUACGGUUCUGUCGUGAAAGUUUCAUGCAACCCUGGAUACAGGGCCUCACAGAACUUGACAUUAAACAAUAUGAGAUGCAUGCCAAACGGCGAAUGGGAGACAAUCCGGUGUGAGAAGACGUAUGAGCAAACGUUUGAUUAUUAUAUUGACCCCACAUCCUAUGCGGAUCCUGUACAAUGCCAUUCGAGCAUUGAUUUUGACGGUUUUGUUUGGCCAUCAGUUGAUGCGGGGAACAUUGUAAAUAAAAAUUGCUCGGACGGAUACUCUGGCAUAGUGACAAGAACGUGCAAUACAAGUGGUUAUUAUGACAACCCCGUGUACAACUGCACCAAGCAGGCUAUUUAUGCGUUAUUAAACAAGGUUAAAAACAACGUGAGUGCAGACGAUGUUAAAGAAACAAUUAAUGAUUUGAGGAAAGAAAUCCGCACCAGUCUACAUGACAACAGGACGUCUGUGGAGAAGACGACACUUCAUGUUGGUGAUAUUGAAACGGCGACAGAAAUAAUGAAAAUUAUUACUGAUCAUUUUGAAGCAAAUUCCUCUGCCAUUGAAAAUGUGACAGAUUCUUUCGUCGAUGUUGUUGAUAGUCUUAUCAGCAAUAGGACAACACAUUCAUGGGGCGCUCUAAUGGACAAGGGCGGAGCUGCCACGGUUAUCAAUGUACUGGAUGAGUUUAUAUCGAAAGUUGCAAACAACAGUGAUGUGUUAAAACAAAACCUGACUGUUGGAAAAGAAAACAUUUUUCUUGAAAUAGGCUCUGUGGAGCAAUGCUCAAAGAUAAAGUUUCCAGAUAGCGAGAAAAACGGAAAUGUACCAGAGUGGGCUUUGACGCGACAUGACACUGUUGAAGUUGCAUGCCGUGGAACUGGUGGAUUGACGUUUAGUGGAUCCCUCUUCAGGAAUAUGACGUCGAUAAUGUCAUCAAAAACUAAAGACUCGAUGCAUAUGGAAAUCAAUGCCCCGGUUCUGGCAUUCAGCGUGCACGAUUCCAUAACGGCUUCUGAUGCACAGAACGUCACCUUAGUAUUCGAAUUAUUUAAUACAGACUUAGCAAAACCGUCUUGCAGCUUCUGGGAAAAGGGUUAUUCAAGUGGUGAAGGCUUCUGGUCUAGCGACGGAUGCAAACUGGUCGAAUUUAAUCAACAGACUGGACGUGUAACCUGCUCAUGCAAUCAUCUCACAAACUUUGCUGUUCUGAUGAGUCCCGGCGUUACAGUAGAAAAGAUCCAUCAUCAGGCUCUCAGUGCUAUAACAGUGGUUGGAUGUUGUCUGUCCCUGGCAGGUCUUGUAACAACGUCAGUAAUUUACGUAUACUGUUGGAGGAUGGUUAAGUCAAACCGAGCAACCUUGCUGUUAAACCUGUGUGCAGCUCUGUUCGUUGCGUAUCUAGCGUUCCUCAUAGGAAUUAAACGAACACAACCAAUGGGCGCUUGUACAUUUACCGCCGUGUUGCUUCACUACGUGUAUCUCGUGGUAUUCUUCCUGAUGUUGGCAGAAGGAGGCGUUAUUGCGUUGAUGGUGCUGAGCCCGCUCACCAAGAGGGACAUUAUCCCUUACUUCUUGACAGGGUCAUAUGGUAUUCCUGCCAUUAUUGUGGGUGUGUCCAUGGUCGCGACACAGUUGGACGGUUACGGCAAUGCACGAUUCUGCUGGUUGUCCGUGGAGUCAGGUCUGUUUUGGGCAUUUGCAGGACCGGUCCUUGCCAUAGUUGUGACAAACCUGAUUAUCCUGGUGCUCGUGUUGAAACAAUUAUUCGGAGUUGCCGCUAUGUCAAAGAAAACAGACGCUGAGAAAGUCAAGACCGGUGUGCGCAGUGUUUGUAUUCUACUUCCCGUGCUGGGCCUCACCUGGGUGUUCGGUAUUUUUGCAGUCAACAAGGACACGCUCGUCUUCCAGUAUUUGUUCGCCAUCUUCAACAGCCUGCAGGGAUUCCUGAUAUUUCUGGUACAAUGCGUGUUUGACAGAAAAGUACGCGACGCUCUCCGCCAGAGGAAGUUACCAUGGUUCACAUCUACCGAUGUUCGUACCGGAGACACAGGGAUGAGGUCUACGCAGAAAUCUACUUAACAAGGUGUCAGUGUGUCCACAUAGAAACGAGAGUCAAUAAGAGGUCAAAGUACAAGGCGGCUCUACUCAUAUGAUUGCUUUCAUAAGUGUUGUAUUCGUGAUCAUUGGGUUCUAUCAUAAUGGCAAACCUUAUUCAAUUAUGUAGGACCGCUUUUAAUAUAUUUUUUUAUAUUAUAGUGAGAUCAAUUUAUGGAGUUUGAACAGUUUGAAAAGUAGCGAAUAUUUAGUGCAAAGACAUAUUUAUUUUUUUCUAUUUUUGUUGUUGUAAUUUAUACUAAAUAUUUUACCGCUUUUAAAGAGCUUUUCAAUACAGCAUUUUGUUUUAUUUAUGAUAUAAUUUUGAAAAAAAAACGACAAAGGACAUGGACUUGUAUUAUAACAAUCUGGUCUAUAUCAGUUCUUUGUUGACUGAGUUUGAUAGUAGAGUUUGCAAUGGAAGUUUGAUCGUUGAAUUUUACUAUACUUGCAAAUCAGUUGUCUAGUAGAUUACCACAACCGUUUUUUGCUUACACAAAAAACUGAUGCAAUGUGUAUCCUCGUCAAAUAGAUAUUAGGAUUGUAACGUCUUUACAAAAAGUAUGUUUGUGUUUUAUUUUGCUAUAUAUAGUAUUUGUGUAAAGGCAUAUAUAAUUCCUUUUUUUUUGUUUUUUUUUUAAUUAAUUAUAAAUAUGAAUAUUAAUAUGUAUCUUUCUGUUUCUAUUACAUGCAUUCUUAUAUUUAAUUAAUUUAAUAUUUUCUUAUGGUUAAUAAAGAUAAAACAUU